CACAGGGCUGGGAGGAUACGUCAUCAGUCCGCGCCGCCGGUUCCGUUCCCAUGUGUGUGUUUCGCAUGUCUCCGGUAAGAUGUCGGUGUUUCACGACGAAGUGGAAAUCGAGGACUUCGAGUACGACGAGGACACAGAGACAUAUUAUUUCCCUUGUCCCUGCGGAGACCGCUUCGCCAUAACAAAGGAGGACCUGGAGAACGGGGAGGAGGUGGCGACUUGUCCGAGCUGCUCCCUCAUUGUUAAAGUCAUCUAUGAUAAGGAGCUGUUCGUGUCUGGAGAAAUCAUCGAAGCUCCGUCCAUGUCGGAGCACAAACUGCAGACAGCUCAGUCCUGAAAAGUUUCAGCUGACUUGAAAGAUGUUCUGCUUCAUCUCACAUCUGAUGAUGAUGAAGAUGGCUGAUAUGAACCUACGUGUCUUUUCCUGCUUGGUGGUUCACGUCAGCUGUUAGUGCUGUGUUCAUGGCGUGUGUCGCUGGCAGAUAGAGCUGCAGGUGGUGAAGAGCGGCAUGUUUUCAGCUAAAAGCUCAUCAGCUGGAGUUCAGCGAGAGGCCGAGGACGUCCCUCGCCGUCCCUCGUCCUGCAGUGUGGAGCGUGUGCUGGCAAUUUUUUAGAUAAUUUCAUUUCUACGUUUCUUAAACUUAUAAGUGAACGAUAGAAAAACGCACCAACAAAACAAAAAUCUAAACCUGAUGUUCCGUUUUCCAAAACAUUACAUCAGAGACGCUGAGGAAAAACGUGACGUGAGAACGAGUUCUGAGGGAAGCUGACCCUCGGAGGAGCAUAGCUGUGGUUGAUGAUUUUCCAACAUAAUGAGUUGCAUUUUUGUUGAAUUUAGGUUAUUUAUUGUUGUUUGUUAAUGCAGUUUAUUUGUAGCUUUUAAAAUGAAUGAAAGCAAUUUAAAUUUUUGUGUAGUCAAACUGAAUCUCUGAGUCAGAAGUUAAAAAUAUGUCCUUUAAUGUGUGAAAAUGAGUCAAAUAAAACCUUUC